AUGGAUGCCUUUAUCAACCUUACGUUAGAAGAACAAAACGUUACGUUUUUCAUGUAUGAAACAGACGCUAACUCUACCAAUAAUAUUAGUGAAAUCCAACUUAUAGCGAAACUUCAACGGUUUGUCAGUAACCGAGCUGUGGACUAUCCGUCACUUAUUGGACUUCUUGUGGCCUACGUGGUGCUAAUCAUCACGGGGGCCACGGGAAACGGUUUGGUCUGUAUGGCAGUGGCCAGAAAACCGCAGAUGAGGAGCGCCAGGAACGUCUUCAUAAUCAACCUGGCUAUAUCUGACCUUAUUCUGUGUCUCUUUACAAUGCCAUUCUCGUUAAUUGAGAUAGUUCUAAAGUUCUGGCCGCUCGGCUUGCUCACGUGCAAACUGGUGGCCGCUCUGCAGGCCACCAGUAUUUUUGUUUCCACCAUUAGCAUAACGGCCAUUGCCCUUGAUCGCUACAAGGUCAUUGUAUAUCCGACUCAACAGAGCUGUACGCCUAUCCAUGCCGUCUCAACUCUGACCUCCAUCUGGGUCAUCGCCUUAUUUUUGUCCUCCCCUCUCUUCAUCUUUCGCACUGUGGAUCACGUCCACGUGGGGUUGCCGUGGCUGGAUUCAGUGGACUACUGUUUGGAGCGUUGGCCAAUGAAGAAUGGACGCUUCGUCUACUCCGUGUUCUCCAUGGUUUUCCAGUACGCCCUGCCGAUUUUGAUUGUUACAAUAGCUUACGCUCGGAUUUGCCGCAAGUUGAGACAGAGGAUCGUGAACCGGAGCUCCACGCUGGAAACGAAGCAACAGCGUGACAAACAGCGAAUGAAGAAAACUAACGUCUUACUUAUUUCCAUCGCCCUAAUCUUCGGCAUCAGCUGGCUCCCGUUGAACAUCCUGAACGUUGUAACCGACUUCUACUAUCCUUUCCAGGACGAUUCCGUCUUCCGGAUCGUAUUCGCCUGUUGUCACAUGGCCGGAAUGAGUUCAGCCUGUUCGAACCCCUUACUCUACGGAUGGUUGAACGAUAACUUCCGUAAGGAAUUCAACGAGAUAUUUUCCAGUACGUGCAGCUGCUCCAAAACCCAAUCAAACUCCAAAUAA